CCAUUCCCAGAGUCUGUAAAAUAAAAACAGAUAAAGAUAUCAAUGACUUAGAUCGUCUGUGAACGUUUAAAUUAAAAUUGGUUAAUAACUUUGGAUCUCAUGUCUAUUCUAUUGACUCAUUCGCCAUAAGAAAUGAGCGCCUGUAGUAAAAAGAGCUGAGUAGUGACAUUUCCGAUGAUCAUGAACGCAGCAGACCUGCUGUUUAGGUGCCGCAGCUUCAGACGGACUUUAUUUCCUCCGUGAGCUCACCGAGCGCAGCAGGCGCGCGCGGACAGCGCGGGAUAAGUUGGAUUUUUUUUCUUUUAACUUUUAAAACCGCACCUGUCUAAGACUUUAUUCGUUUAUUCAAAGUCACAAACAGCAGAGGGAAGUUUUAAAGUUUUUCUAAGAACGGAAUAAGUCAAGCUCAAAGCAGAGGACAAGUGGAUUUUACGCACGAAACUCUCCAGGACGCAGAGCGCGGACGCUUUUGGAGAGAUUUUCCCCGCAGUUCCCGGCUUGAUUUUUAUUUAUGUAUUUAUUUAAUGGACAGGCUCUACUCCUUUUUGGCGCAUGUGGCUGCCACCAUGUCGUCUUUCCUGGCGCACAGGGCUCCUUGGGAGGCUGGUAAAAAUGUUACAAGGUCGUUAAAUUUAUUGGAACGUGACUGGCGGAUAUGAACUUUCUCCGUGAUGAUUGCGGGCGCUCUGGUGAAUGAUUGACAGCAGUUGUUCAGCUCUGGAGAAACUGGAUUUACUAUUGAGAAACUAAAAAGUAGUUGUUUUUUUGUUUUUUGCUUUUGGAAUACAAUGAAACUGUGACCAAAACCAAAAAGUCUUGGCAGAGAUUUGCAGGGAUUUCCUACUGAUAGACUCUGAUUUUUUAAAGCUCCCUCCCUGGAUCUACAGUGGGACUCAUGCUGCUCAGGUUGGGUUUUUUGCAGCAGCUGCUGCUGCUGCUCAUCCAGAGUCUUGACCCGUCGUUGGCUGCCUCCAAGGACCUGGUGUGUGAGCCCAUUACCGUCCCCAUGUGUAAGGGCAUUGGCUACAACCUGACUUACAUGCCUAAUAAGUUCAACCAUGACACCCAGGAGGAAGUGGGACUGGAGGUGCACCAGUUCUGGCCUCUGGUCCGCAUCCGCUGCUCCCCAGACCUCCUCUUCUUCCUGUGCAGCAUGUACACCCCCAUCUGCCUGCCAGACUACCGUAAGCCCCUUCCUCCCUGCCGCUCUGUGUGCGAACGGGCCAAGCGGGGCUGCUCCCCCCUCAUGAGCCAGUACGGGUUCGAGUGGCCGGAGAGGAUGAGCUGUGAGGGGCUCCCCCAGCUUGGGGACGAGACCCUGUGCAUGGACCAAAACAGUAGCGAGGCCACCACUUCAGCUCCACCGUUCCCUAAGUCCACUCCAAAGGUCCGAACCAGACCCCCCAGUCCAUCUCAGUGCGACAGAGAGUGCCGCUGUCGGGACCCCCUGAUCCCCAUCAAGCGGGAAUCUCACGCUCUCUUCGGCCGGGUCCAGACUGGACCACUGCCCAACUGUGCCCUGCCCUGCCACCUGCCCUACUUCUCAGCGGAUGAACGGGCCUUCACCAGCUUCUGGGUGGGACUCUGGUCCGUGCUGUGCUUCAUCUCCACCCUCACCACCGUCGCCACCUUCCUCAUCGACAUGGAGCGCUUCAAGUACCCAGAGAGGCCCAUCAUCUUCUUGGCUGCCUGCUACCUCUUCGUCUCCUUGGGUUACAUCAUCCGGCUGGUGGCAGGUCAUGAGCGGGUGGCCUGUGGCGCCGGUGGUACCAGCCAGCUGCACAUCCUCUAUGAUGCCACAGGCCCCGCCCUGUGCACCCUGGUCUUCUUGUUGGUGUAUUUCUUUGGAAUGGCCAGCUCCAUCUGGUGGGUGGUGUUGUCCUUCACCUGGUUUCUGGCUGCAGGGAUGAAGUGGGGCAGCGAAGCCAUCGCCGGAUACUCGCAGUAUUUCCACCUGGCCGCAUGGCUCAUCCCCAGCGUCAAGUCCAUCCUGGUGCUGGCACUCAGCUCCGUGGACGGAGACCCUGUAGCCGGGAUCUGCUAUGUGGGAAACCAGAGUCUGGAGAACCUGCGGGGAUUCGUACUCGCCCCUUUGGUGGUUUACCUCUUUACCGGCACGCUUUUUCUGCUCGCUGGUUUCGUUUCUUUGUUCCGCAUCAGGAGCAUCAUCAAACAAGGAGGUACCAAGACGGACAAGCUGGAGCGGCUGAUGAUCCGCAUCGGUCUCUUUACUGUACUGUACACCGUCCCCGCCACGAUCGUGGUGGCCUGCCUGGUCUACGAGCAGCACUACCGGCCCAGCUGGGAGCGAGCGCUGGCCUGCUCCUGCCCGCUGGAGCGCCAGCGCUCCAUCCGGGGGCCAGACUACGCCGUGUUCAUGCUCAAGUACUUCAUGUGCUUGGUGGUGGGCAUCACGUCUGGAGUCUGGAUUUGGUCCGGAAAAACUCUGGAGUCCUGGCGGAGCUUCGUGGCCAGAUGCUGCCCCUGCUGGGCGCACAAGGCCACCGCGCCUCCGUCCAUGUACAGUGAAGCCAGUACGGCUUUGACCGGACACACCGGAACUGGACUGACGUCGGGGAUGUACCACAAGGCGCAUCAGUCCCACAUAUGACCCCACAUUGGGAAGGAUUUUCAAGAGACUCGCCCAGUUAAAGAAGGACAAGAGGAGAAAACAACAGACUUUUCAGAUCAUAUUUUUUUAAAAACAGGAAACCAAGUCUUUAUGUAGCAUCUGAUGUUUGUUUAAAGCGAUGUCAGCCUCUAAAAGCGAAGCUGUAAGAAAAAACCAGACGCUCGCUCAGACAAAAAGCCUUUACUAAAUCCAUAUUGGAGCUCAGCAUGCUUCCUUUUCCUGAAGACUGAAAGACAGAGAAUAUAUUUAUUUAUGUAAAUAUUGUAUCUAGUUGUAAAGAGAAGAAAAAAAGACGUCUUUUGUGUAGUUCAUCUGGAGUUCUGCUUCCACAGAAUAAAGUAAUUUGUAAAUGCGAUAAACAAACACAGAGCUGCUGGUAAUUCCUUUUAGUUUUGCAUUUAAUGAAGUGAAUUUAUAUUUUAUUUUUGUCUUGAAAACUCUGUUUUUGUCACUUCAUCUCUGUAAAGUCGAUUUACACUCAGUCGUCAAAGCUUCACAAUGAAAUGGAUUCUGGUCUUUAGCGCCAUCUGUUGGUUGGAGGAGAAAAUGCUUUUUGUGGAUUACUUCCGAAAAAAAGGUUGAAAUAUUUUAUUUUUCCUUUUGCUACAAUCCAUCCUAGAAUCACUUAAAUUGUAUUUUGAAUAUAAUCAAACGGAAAACUGGUUUAUCACCGCAACAAGAAAUAAUCCAGUGUAUUAAAUGAAACUUCUUUUUUAAGAUUAUCCCAUUUGGAUUAAAAUAGACCCCUCUGAGGAUGUCAUUUUAGACUCACAAAAAGGAUGCUUUACAUACACACACACACACACAUAUAUAUAUAUAUAUAAGUGAAAUUCAGACAAACAAAAACUUUUAAUAUAUUUCAAUUAAAAAAGUAACUGUGAGAAAAUAGCUUUCUGUAAAAAAUAAAAGAAAAUGAUGAAAAAGGAUUUGUGAACUUUUGUUUUAUUGUAAGAAGUAAAAAGAUGAGCUUCUGUAAAGACUUAUGGUAAUAAAUGUCUAAAUUUGGAUGAAAGCUGAAAUGUCUGUUCUGCUUGUAUAGCAGCACAUCUGCUUUUAAUUCUGUGUUAAAUCAGGCUUUUAUUGUGAAAAUAAAACUACCCAGAUGUCAGGUUUGGAGAACAUC